GCCUGGAACCUCCAAGAAUGUCUGAGGGACAUUUUGAGUUCCAACAGGGGAGGCUUUACCGCAAGAUGGGGUGGGGAAGGAUGCAGGUGUCUGGGGAACAGUUCUUCUAGCACUUGUUCUGACACAGCUACAGGCACAGCUGACAUGCACUGGCAGUGACGUUGAAUAGGCAACUCUGCUUUGCCCCGGACCCAGAGCAACAGAGAGAGGCAGGCACUUCUCUCAGCAGAAUGAGCGGAGUUUCUUGCUAAUGCCUUCUUUCUCCUACCCAGAAUCUUCCUAUGUGUGUCUUUCCUGUAAAAGACAGGAAAGGUCCUGUCAUCAUCUUCUACCACUGACUAUAUAUUAAAAUCUAUUAAGUGCAUUAUUGAGUCAGUUUUGCCUCCAGAAAUGAUUCAAGAAGGUCACAGUUAUAAAGCUGUUGAGGAUCUCAUUAAUGGAAAACAUUACUUUGUUUAUAAACGUUUGAGUGCUUUGGUGUUGUCAUUUGAUGACUAUUAUACUGAAUUAAGCUUUGUAAUGUGAAGGCUCUGACAUAUUAUUUAAACCUCUGACAUGUUUUAUUUUGUUCUCUGGCUUUUGUAGUGCAGGUAUGAAAUGGCUUAUCUAGAUUUUAAAUUAUUUGACAUUUACAACUGUCCAGAGUAUACCUGUAAGCACAGAACAUUUUAUUAAAUGUGGAGAUCCAGGUAAAUGGAAGAGGAUAAAAUAGAUUUCAUUUCUAAGGAUUUUGAUAAAACAUCUGAAAUAUAAUCUCCCCAAGUCUAUUUUCAAGGAAAAAGGUACAGUGGUUUUUUUUUUUUUCCCCAAGAACAAGUCUCAUCUCUCUGACAGUAUCAGUGUGCAGGUAGUGUUGCUUCAAAACCCUAAAGAUAAAGCUGUUUCAUUUUUCCAUUUCCAUAACAAUGGAACGCAAAGUGUCCCCAAUUACAGCUCCAGGGAUGAGUUCUUUUCAUGAUUCAUGACAGAUCUUCAGCUGGGAUGCUGUUUUGAUCCUGCAAUCACCUGGAACAAAGACAUUGAAGAUAAGAAUAUUAUGGUCAUAGUAUAUGAAGACCUGAAGGGGAACCUGACUGCCAGUGUAAAGCAGCCAUUCUUUGGAUUCUCACCAACAGCUGAGCAGAUCCAGGCCAUUGCAGGAAGGCACACUUUCCACCAGGAAAAAGCUCAGGAGACUCAUGGUGCUGUUGGCUUGAUUCUUUUCCAUAAAGGUAAAUCUACUGUUUUUGGAGACUGGAAGAAUGUUUUCACUGAAACUCAGAACCAGAAGCUGGCUGCCAAAUUCACAGUGUGCUUAGAAGUACCUAAGCUGGGAGUGAAGAUUAAAUAUGAUGUGUAUUGCAAAGUCUGAACAUCCUUUGCAGACAAAAAACCACUAAU